ACGCACCUAGCUAGUCAUGGACACCCAUCUCUUAGGCCCUCUUCCCUUCUCUUUCUUGCAUGGCGACCCACAAGUCAUAGUUUUAUGACCCAUAGCUUGAAAGUUUUCUUUUUCUUUGAGAUAUGAGAACCCAUCACCUUACACCUUAGUGAACUUAGACUUAGAGGACCUGUUCAUAGAGAAACAUGGCUAGAACCAAUUCAAGUUGUAGUAAUUACUUGUGUAAUUAUAGUACAUUUUGAAACUCCAACCUGUUAAAAGCUUGGUGGUAUUGGUUUUUAAAGCUUAGUCGGGUGAGAAAAUAGAAUGAUAUUGACACCUCUUGCAAGGAAACAACAGUUACAAAAAGAUGAUUGAUUUAAUUAAUGGGGGUGCAGAUUUGAUAUGUCAGAUUCUUGCCUCUUUCCUAGAGAUACAACAGACAAGGGUGAGAUGAAGUGAACUUUUCCAAUCUGUUUCCAACAACAGCCCAUGUUCUAGUUUCUUAUUCAGAUAACCUUAUCAUUAUUUAUUUAUAUUUUUUUCUACUAUUUUUCUCUUAGAUUUCUGUCAUAGUCCUUGCUGCUCACCUGAUUUGCUCAUCUUGGGUGCAGAUCUGCAAGAUUACUUCUUUUUCAGUAGGCCAAAGUUUUUCAAAGGGAAAGUUUAUGCUUUGGUGGGGUUCUCAAGGGGAAAACUCAAAUACCCAGAUUGGAUCCAUUGAGGUAAAUUCAUGUUUUUGCUCCAAAAGGGUAAUGCAUGUUUUUCAAGUUGCUGAGAUAUGAAAUCUCAAAUAUUUGUGAACAUUUUGUGAUUGAAUUCUUUCUUCUGUUAAGGCUUGAUGAUAAAGGGAAUAGCUUUGAUGCAUUUCUUGGAAAUUAAAAGUAGCUUUGUGUGACAUGCUUCUGUUGUUAGUAUUGGUUGAUUCAUGCUAUUCAACUAGGAACAACCUUUUGUAAUCUUAUUUUCUCGAGAAGAAUAUAGGAGAGAGAAAAAAAAAGGGUUUCAAUUUCUUGAGGGAGUGUGAUAAUGGGGAAGGUUCAAGGCAGUAAGGUCUUGUCUUUGCUCCUUGUUAUUGUAUUUUCUGCAAGUUUUAGAAAAGGAGAAGCUCAGUCAAAGUCUUUUCUGAUAAAUUGCGGCACAAAUUCUAGUGUCAAUGUGGAUGGUAGAAAAUGGGUUGGCGACUUGUCCCCUGAUAAUAAUCUCACCCUUAGUUCUCCUGGGGUUGUUUCCACUACUUCUACACUAAGUGGUGAUUCAAUCUUUGCCCCUCUCUAUAAAUCUGCCCGCCUUUUCAGUGAUGAGUUGAAUUACACGUUUAAUGGAAUCCAGGGGAACUAUUUCUUGAGGCUUCAUUUCUGUCCCUUCUCCUUUGAGGACCACAAUGUAAAUGAAUCUUCUUUCGAUGUUGUGGCAAAUGGUCUGAAACUCUUAGAACAAUUUAAUGUUGCUGGUGAGAUUGCACACAAGAACUUGUACCUCCAAGGUACGGGAACCAAUUUCAGCUCGUUCUCCUUGGUUAAAGAGUAUAUUUUACCUAUUAAUUUGGAUAUGCUUGUGAUUGAGUUCACCCCAACAAAAGGAUCGUUUGGAUUCAUUAAUGCCAUGGAGAUGGUCCCUGUAGCCGAUAAGCUUUUUGCAGAUUCAGUCAGUAAAGUGGGUGGAAAUGAUGCAAAUCUGAAUCUAAGUGGAAGGGGAAUUGAAACUAUGUAUAGGUUGAAUGUUGGGGGUCCUGAGAUUAAUGCCAGUCAAGAUUCAGAUUAUUGGAGAACAUGGGAUGUGGAUUCUGGCUAUAUGAUCACAGCAAAUGCAGGUUUUGAAAUACAAAACAGUUCUAAUAUUACCUAUGCUUCUGCAAAUGAUUCUUCAGUGGCUCCUCUCCUUGUGUAUGAAACAGCAAGAAGCAUGUCCAACACCGAUGUGUCGGAGAAAAGGAUCAAUAUGUCAUGGAGGUUUGAAGUGGAUCCUGAUUUUGAUUACUUAGUCCGCUUACACUUCUGUGAGCUGGUUUAUGAUAAGCCGAGCCAGAGGAUUUUCAGAAUCUACAUAAAUAACCGGACUGCAGCAAAUAAUUUUGACCUUUUUGUCAAGGCAGGUGGAAUAAAUAAAGCUUAUCAUCAGGAUUACUUUGAUGCGGUUUCUUCAAAAAUCAACAUCCUUUGGAUUCAACUGGGUCCUGACACUGCAGCUGGUGCUUCAGGCACUGAUGCUCUGUUGAACGGGCUGGAGAUUUUCAAGCUUAGCCGAAAUGGAAAUCUUGCCCACGUGCAGAUAUAUGAUUCAACUGGGAAUUCAACUCACACUUCCAAAUCUUGGAUUCUUUGGGUGGGAAUUGGUGCAGGUGUAGCUUCUGUUGCCAUUCUUGCAGCUGCUGGUACAUUUUUGUUUUGUUUCUGCAAAAAACAACGAAGAGAAUCGGGUGACAUGAAAAACAACACUCCUGGAUGGCGACCAUUGUUCCUUCAUGGGUCCAUUUUAAAUAGCACUGCUAAUGCCAAGGGAUCAUCUAGACUUCAAAAUAUAAAUGGAUCUAUUGCCUCCACUGGAGUUGGCAAGCAAUUUACACUUGCAGAGAUUCGGACAGCAACAAAUAAUUUUGAUGAAAGUUUAGUGAUUGGUGUAGGGGGCUUUGGUAAAGUAUUCAAAGGGGAGAUUGAAGAUGGCACCCUUGCAGCGAUAAAGCGGGCAAAUCCACAAUCCGAGCAAGGGCUUACUGAAUUUCAUACUGAGAUUGAGAUGCUUUCCAAGCUUAGACAUAGGCACUUGGUUUCCUUGAUUGGAUUCUGUGAUGAACAAAAUGAGAUGAUCUUGGUCUAUGAAUACAUGGCAAAUGGGACUCUUAGAAGUCAUCUGUUUGGAAAUGAUGUCCCACCAUUGACUUGGAAGCAGCGAUUGGAAGCAUGCAUUGGUGCUGCUCGGGGACUGCACUACCUUCAUACAGGAGCAGAGCGGGGAAUUAUUCACAGGGAUGUUAAAACAACCAACAUUUUGUUGGACCAAAAUUUUGUGGCAAAAAUGUCAGAUUUCGGGCUGUCAAGAACUGGUCCUUCUCUGGAGCAUACCCAUGUUAGUACUGCAGUGAAAGGGAGCUUCGGAUAUCUUGACCCUGAGUAUUUCCGGAGGCAGCAGUUGACAGAGAAAUCUGAUGUCUACUCAUUCGGUGUGGUGUUGUUUGAAGUUGUUUGUGCUCGUGCUGUUAUAAAUCCUAGCUUGCCAAAAGACCAGAUAAAUCUUGCAGAGUGGGCAAUGAGGUGGCAGAGACAAAGGUCACUCGAAACCAUUGUUGACCCACAUCUCAGGGGAAAAUAUUCUCCAGAGUCAAUGGAGAAGUUUGGAGAGAUCGCAGAAAAAUGUCUUGCGGAUGAGGGGAAGAACCGGCCUACCAUGGGGGAAGUUUUAUGGCACUUGGAGUAUGUCUUGCAGCUUCAUCAAGCAUGGAUCCGUGCCAACACUAUGGACAAUUCCUUUUCAAGCAGUCAGGCCUUGGGGGAUCUAGAAGAGAGAGAAGCUGAAAAUAGGCAACAUGAUGGAAAUUCUGGUUCAGGGGAAUCCAAACCAGAAGCUAUAUAGGUGGAUCUGAUGGUGAGCUUGCCUGAUGACUGUUCAAGAGCAGUAACUGUAUUCCUUUACAAUAUCAUACUAGUAGCUUAAAAUUCUUUUAUUUUUGUUGUAUUAAACUCGAAGUUUGCUGGCGUAAGAUCCCUACUAACCCUGCAGUAAGGGGAGCCAAAUAUGGGAAAAUCAUGAUAAUGUUUCAUUUGACUAUGAUGAAAUGAUCAAGAUGCUGAUUUGUAUCGUCUUUUUUUCCUGAA